AUGGACUCCUCAAUGAACAACCUCCUAAAAUGGAGUAUCGAAAACUCCGCGCCAACGACAACGUCAACCGAUGGCACGACGCCAGCUCCUGCCCCGCGCUCCCUCUCUCCCACAGCACUCCAUCGCCUCCUCCUAAACGCACCUUCGGACGCCGAACUCAUGAAAAACGCCAUGGCCGCCAUUCGCUCCCCCACCACCACGCUAGAUGACAAGCUCAUCGCCUUUGAUAACUUCGAGCAACUGGUCGAGAACCUCGAUAACGCGAACAACCUCGGCGUGCUGGGCCUGUGGGAGCCGUUGGUGCAGGAGCUCGAGGCGGCGGAGGCGGGGCGGCGGAUGAUGGGGGCGUGGUGCAUCGGGACCGCUGUGCAGAAUAAUGCUGGGGCGCAGGAGAUGCUCCUCUCCAAAUCCCCCACUGCCCUCUCAACCCUUUUCGCCCUCUCGCAGAACGAUCCGGACACCUCCGUGCGACGCAAAGCCAUCUACGCCCUCUCAUCCGCCAUCCGCAAUCACCAACCCGCCAUGGAUGUAUUACUAGGGCAUAUACCUAAUGAUGCAAGGGAAGAGAUAGGAGAGCACGUUGACGCGAGCGACAUGGAGGGGGUGGAUAAGUUGGUUAGCUGGUUGAGACGUGCUUUGACCUAA